AUGGCUAGCUACGAAGCUCCGGGCAUUCCGCCCAAGAUCACCUUCUACACUUUCCCCGAGUGUCCGUGGUGCCAGCGAGUGCAAUUCAUUCUCAGCGACCUCAAGAUUCCGGUGGAGCAAGUUAUCAUCAACCUCGACGAACCUCGCCCUCAAUGGUACCUUGACAUCAAUCCGCGCGGUCUGGUGCCCGCCAUCAAGUUCUCCAACGACGUGGUCGUCAACGAGAUCCUCUACGAAUCGAACAUCAUCUCGCAAUUCCUAGUCGACCUGCGUCCGUCCCACCUGCUGCCCGCCUCCCUAGCCGACCCUGCUGCCCCGCUCCGCCGCGCGAAGAUCCAGUUCUUCAUUGAUACCUUCAUGUCGAAACUCGGCAGCCAGUUCCGCACGCUACUGCUGGCCGACAAUCAGGACGCAAAGGUGGACGCGCUUCUCGCCGACGUAGAGAAGUUCAUCGAGCCACUGCUCGAUAGCGCUGGACCUUUUGUCGACGGCAGCAAGGAGUUGACCUACGCCGAGACUCAAGUUGCGCCUUUCCUGCUGCGGUUCUACUCGUUGUCGAAUGGCACCUACCUGCCUACUAAGCUCAAGUCUGGUUUGAAGAGCUUGCCAAACUUCUCCAAGUGGGCUGCUGCAACCAUCGAGCAUCCCAGCAUCAAGAGCAAUUACAAUGAGGAGGCCGUUGUUGCGCGGUCGGCACAGACCGUGGCUAAGAUCAAGGCCAAGGCUUGA